AAGAAAUGAAAUGAAUGACUUUUACGCACCACAUUUUGGAGUGGCUAAAUGGCUUUACAUUUGUCACUCAAGAGUGCAGCACCCUCACCAGUCAACAUUGUUGUGAUGUGUUAGAAUUGGCAUGUCACAUUGAUCCUGAUAAUAAUAAGCAUACAUACUAUAGUGGGUUGGACAGCAGCCAUUUGUAUUAUGAGCCACUCUCGAAUUGAUUGAUACAUGUUUCAGUGAUUUGAGUUGUCACUUUGGCGCUCCCGCCAACGUGAAAAAGUAACAAAAGUCGGAGGGAAACAGAGUAGCCUAGCCCUCGUCACUCUGCUGCCUGCCUGCCUGCGGGCGGGUGGGUGGGGGCGGGCUUAGGGCUGACUGCCUGUCUGUCUGUCCCUCCCUCACUCCAAUUGGAUAAGGCCACACCGGUCCGGUGGCCAAUCGAUGGCUUUUGUGGCGAGGUAUAAGUAAGACUCUCGAGGUGGCCAGCGGCUCAUUCAGACUUUCUGUGACAUACUGAAGCUACCAAUAUGAGCGGAAGAGGCAAAACCGGAGGCAAGGCCAGGGCGAAGGCAAAGACACGUUCAUCCCGUGCCGGGCUCCAGUUCCCCGUGGGCCGUGUGCACAGGCUGCUGCGUAAAGGCAACUACGCCGAGCGUGUGGGCGCUGGCGCACCAGUGUACCUGGCCGCAGUGCUCGAGUACCUGACUGCUGAGAUCCUGGAGUUGGCCGGAAACGCUGCCCGUGACAACAAGAAGACUCGUAUCAUCCCCCGUCACCUGCAGCUGGCAGUCCGUAACGACGAGGAGCUGAACAAACUGCUUGGCGGCGUGACCAUCGCGCAGGGUGGUGUUCUGCCCAACAUCCAGGCAGUGCUGCUCCCCAAGAAGACUGAGAAGGUCGUCAAAGCCAAGUAAAAUCGCUGGUGCGGCUGCAACUUGACUACUCAACCCCCAAAGGCUCUUUUAAGAGCCAACCACCUAGCUCAACAAAAGCGCAAAGUGUCCUUUCUAUGCCUGGCCAAUUAUUUGGCGUGUUAGAUACACACACAUAUAGACGGCACCGUAUCAAGUGCCCACAUGAGGCCUAAAUGAAGGAUAACAACUAGUAGGCUAGAAUGAGAGCAUUAUUGCGCGUCAAGUGUAACGUUGCUCGCGGCCCUAACAAAAGACCCAAGCGCGCCUCGGCGAGGGUGGGGGUUGCAUUUUGGGGCGGCACGGAGAGGCCGAGCCUCCCGUCCAAUGGGCGGCGGAGGAGGCCUCCGCAACGGGCCAAUCAGGGCGGUGCGGAGAU